AGGGUUACAUGCACCUUUUUCUGACAGACUACUUAAUUUUACUAAUCUCCUCUGUCACCCCCCCUUUUUUUUAUAAAAAAAAACUACAAAACUAACUAUGACCGAUCCAUACGGAACACCCUACACUCAUGAUGCUACAGAUCUCAAAUACAUGCAAGUUUGCAUUGAAGAGGCUAAUAAAUCGAUUCCUGCCCCCCAAGCUUAUUGUGUAGGUGCUGCCAUUGUUCGUCAUGGGGAGUUACUUAGUGUUGGUUACUCACGCGAAUUACCCGGUAAUACACAUGCGGAGGAAUGUGCUUUAGCAAAACUUGAAGACAAAAAUUUGGAAGACUGUACUAUGUAUACUACCAUGGAGCCCUGCUCGGUCCGAUUGUCAGGAAAUAGACCAUGCGUGAGCCGAAUUAUUGAGGCUAGAAUAAAGCGUGUCGUGGUUGGCGUAAGAGAGCCUCCAAAUUUGGUUAGCUGUGAAGGAAUUAGCCUUUUAGAACGAGAAGGAAUUCAAGUUCUGAUUGUGCCCGAUGUACAAGAUGCAUGUUUAGCGCCAAAUCAACAUAUUUUGAAACAAAAAUAAAAA